CGACUCUCCGAUUCUCGACGUCACCGACAAGAAAUGGUCUGGAAAAACUAAUCGGCCUGGUGUUCGCUUUGUUUCAGGUUCUCUUCCAGGGUUCUAGAACCAAUUCUCGAGUCCCUUCUUUUCUGUUCUCUCUGAUAUCACCCACGGAUAGAAGGCCGUUUUGCACAUGUAAUGUCCAUAGAAGUUGACUGGGGCGCCGCGACCUCCGGUCCCGACGGAGAGGCUCUGGCCGAGCGCAUCCGCUCUUUCAUUCAUGACAAGUUCCAGCAGGUUGCUCUGCCACGUUUUAUCCGAUCAGUGCAAGUCCAUUCUUUCGACUUCGGGACGAUUCCGCCUGAGCUCGAGAUCAAAGACCUUUGCGAGCCGUUCGCCGAUUUCUAUGAAGAGGAUGAAGAUGAUGAAGCGUCUGAUGUAUCCGAGGGACUUGUCUCCGGGCACGGUUCGCCGUGGCAUGGAACUCAUCCAGAGCUCAAUGAAUCUUCUUUCCGCGACGAGAAUGCAAUAAAUCAAUCGCUGCGUGAUCCUUUCACCGAAGGCUUUCAACCCUCGGCCUUGCGGUCUCCCAUAGCUCUUAGCGACCAUCUCAACCCGCAUUUCCGCUCCGGCACUCCUGGUAUACCCGGAGGUACAUCGACCCUAGGCUACCAUCUGAUGUCACUUGGUGGACUUUCAGGAACGCAAACACCCCUUGCUGCAGUUGCAGGCGGAUCCCCGUUCGCAGGCGGAUGGAAUGAUUCUGGGAUGAUGGGCCCUGGCAAUAGGGGGCGUCCACCGCCUCCAAUUUUUACUGCCCACCAAUCGCGUCCGGAAGCCGACAUUGACAGCAGUAAUCCGACUUCGCGACCAUCAACAUCCAGCACGUUACCUUCUCAUCCGUCCGGGUCCAAUAAGAACAAUGGUGAUGGAGCAGGUGGUCCCGACCAUGGAUCACACCCCGAAGAGCAUGGGCAUUUAGAUGACCCUACUUCGGAAGAGCCUCUGCGAUUUCCUCGAAUGAGAGAGCGCCGGCCCGAGGAUUUUCAAGUCCUGUGUCACGCCAAAUACGCGGGUGAUGUGCGGCUGUCAUUAACAGCGGAAAUUCUUCUGGACUAUCCCAUGCCCAGUUUCGUGGGACUACCCUUGAAACUAAAUGUUACAGGGAUCACGUUUGAUGGUGUUGCAGUGGUCGCGUACAUCCGCAAGCGGGUCCACUUCUGCUUUCUGUCAUCCGAAGACGCGGACGCGCUGAUUGGGUCUGAUCAGCCGGAUGUAGGUGCUCAAGCCGAGUAUUCACGGUCUGGCGGGGAUGCGACCGUCUCUGCAAAGCGACAAGGUGGACUGCUGCGAGAAAUCCGAGUUGAAAGUGAGAUUGGCCGGAAAGAAGAUGGCAAGCAAGUCCUCAAGAACGUCGGCAAGGUGGAACGGUUCGUGCUCGCACAGGUGCGGCGGAUAUUCGAGGAGGAGCUCGUCUAUCCUAGUUUCUGGACAUUCCUGGUCUAGUUGCGCUGUAGAUAUGGGCCGCGGAAGAACAUUGUCAACUCGCAUUGGUCUAAACCCGUGAGGAUUUAGGGUUUGAUCGACUAUUUGAGUCCUACCGUGUGCUCCAGACCGCCUCGAGCCCACCGAUUUGUCAGAAACAGGCACUA